GACCCCCGUUGACCUCGUGACGUCAGGACCACGCCGUGCAGACGUUGGGACAAGAUUUAGCCUCCCUCAGUCAUCAGGAAAAAAGGCCUCUUGAGACACUUUUUAAGGCUGAGUUCUGUAGCUAAAGUUUCUAAGUUGUACAGCUGUUGACGAACCAGUUACCAUGGAGCUGCGACCCAACCACACCAUCUACAUCAACAACCUCAACGAGAAGGUGAAGAAGGAGGAGCUGAAGAAGUCCCUCUAUGCCAUCUUCUCCCAGUUCGGCCAGAUCAUGGACAUUGUCGCUCUCAAGACGCUGAAGAUGCGCGGACAAGCAUUUGUCAUCUUCAAGGACAUCAACAGUGCCACCCAGGCGCUUCGUUCCAUGCAGGGUUUCCCGUUUUACGACAAGCCCAUGCGAAUAGCCUACUCCAAGACAGACUCUGAUGCCAUAGCAAAGAUGAAAGGUACGUAUGUGGAGAGGAAGAAGAAAGAGCGGCAAGAAAAGGCUCCGAAGAAGCCGGCUCCACGUCCCCAGGCAGCGGCUCCCGCUCAGAUCCCUCCACAGCAGCAGCAGAGGAUGCAGCAACAGCCUCCUCCCAUGAUGCAACAGCAGAUGGCACCAGGUGGGCCUACACCAGGAAUGGGCCAGCCACCACAGCAGAUGAUGCCAGGCAUGGCCCAGCCAUCCCAGCCUCAGCCACAGGCAGAGCAGCCUCCCAACAACAUCCUGUUCCUCACCAACCUGCCUGAGGAGACCACGGAGAUGAUGUUGUCCAUGCUGUUCAACCAGUUCCCAGGCUUCAAGGAAGUGCGGUUGGUUCCAGGUCGCCAUGAUAUCGCUUUUGUUGAGUUCGACAACGAGAUGCAGUCAGGGGCUGCACGUGAUGCCCUGCAGGGCUUCAAGAUUACACCAACACACGCAAUGAAGAUCUCCUUCGCUAAGAAGUAGAUGGUGGGGUAAUGUGUAUAUGGUUUGUACUGCGGGUGCAGAACAAAGCAAGUGUCAAUAUUAGAUAUAUUUUGUAUCCUUACAUGCAACCAGCCUGCAUUGCACAACCGCUAGCCAUGGUUUGCAUUGCACUAUAGGCAGUCAUGGUAAGCAUUGCACUACAGCAGGCUGGCUUGCAUGAUUUAUCUAAAACCUUUGUUAUGAGACUGGGACCAGAUAAGACUGUUUUGUUUCUCCUAGAAAUGAGAUCUUGUAAAACAGGAUUUAACCCACUUAGAAAGGACUUUUUUUUUAUUUGCAUGUACCUGGUUUCUCCAGAAAGCUGGUUUAAACCCAUUUAACUGGUCCCAGUCUAAAUGGCUUGAGAUGAUUUUGUAUCUUCAGGUAUUGAACAUGGGGCAUCUGUUUGCAUUGCACUCAGGCAAACAUGUUUCAAUUCAUUGAAAAGAACAGAUACUACUACAACUGAACUCUUUGAAAAUCCUAGAAAUGUUUGCAUUUGUUUUUCACCUCAUGUUAUUUUUAUUUUUCCACCUGACAUGCACGUAGUAAUAUAAUGAAUGGAAUCAGUCACUGUUGUGCUUGGUGUUUUCUUGUUGUCAUUUCCAAGCUUCUAAUCCUUACAGAAUUUGUGUAUCAGAUAUUGUACUUGGGAAGUAGUCUACAUUGCACUGUAGCAAACUCUGUUUGCAUUGCACUACUGUAAGACAUGGUCCCUUCAAUCAAAGAACAGAUACUACAUUUUGUACCACAAUCACAGUACAUUUCAUGUACAUUUUCAUCUUCAGUUAAUAAUGCUCCACUGCAUCAAAAUGUACUUCUUCAGUUGGACAACAACAGGUAGAAAAAACCUGUCAGCAAUAAAGUUUUUUUUGUCUCCUGUAUGUAUCUGGAAACUUUUUCUAAGCUAGGAUGAAUCGUUUUGUUUAAGAUGCUGUCAUGGUAAAAAUGCACAAGCGAUCAAAUCACUGAGAUACACAAUGCAAUUCUGUUGUGAUGCCAAAAAAGUGGAGAAUCCUUUUUUUUUUCUGAAUAAAGUACCAACCAAGCUACUGUCAAA